AUGUCUACCUCCUCCCGAAUUACCUAUCCCUUCCUCAGAACCUACCUACUUACCCCGUGUCUACCUCCUCCCAAAGAGCCUAUCCCUUCCUUAGAACCUACCUCCUACCCUGUAUCUACCUCCUCCCAAAGAACCUAUUUUGCCUCAGAACCUACCUCCUACCCCGUGUCGACCUCCUCCCAAAGUACCUAUCCCUUCCUAAGGUCUUACCGUGUACCCCGUGUCUACCUCUUUCCAAACAACCUAUUCCUUCCUCAGAGCCUACCUCCAACCCCAUGUCUACCUCCUCCCAAAAAAACUAUCCCUUAUUCAGAAUCUACCUCCUACACCGUGUCUUCCUCCUCCGAAAAGAAGCUAUCCCUUCCUCACAACCUAUCUCCUACCCCAUGUCUACCUCCUCCCAAAGUACAUAUCCCUUCCUCAGAACCUACCUCCUCCCCAGUCAGUGUCAACCUCCUCCCAAAGAACCUAUCCCUUCCUCCAACCUACCUCCUACACCGUGUCUACUUCCUCCCAAAAAGAGGAUCCCUUCCUCAGAACCUACCUCCUACACGAUGUCUACCUCCUCCCAAAAACCUACCUCCUAUCCUGUGUCGACCUCCUCCCAAAGAACCUAUUCUGCCUCAAAAUCUACCUUCUACCCCAUGUUAUCUUCCUCCCGAAGAACCUAUCCCUUCAUCAGAACCUACCUUCUACCCCUUGUCUAGCUCCUCCCAAAACACCUAUCCCUUCCUCAGAAACCUACCUCCUACCCGGUGUCUACCUCCUCCCAAAGAACCUAACCCUUCCACAGAACCUACCUCCUACCCUGUGUCUACCUCCUCCCAAAGGACCUUACCUUUCAUCAGAACCUACCUCCUACCAAUGUCUAUCACCUCCUUAAGAACCUAUUCCUUCCUCAGAACCUACCUCCUACCCUGUGUCUACCUCCUCCCGAAGUACCUAUUCCUUCCUAAGAACCUACCUCUUACCCAGUGUCUACCACCUCCCAAAGUACCUAUCCCUUCCUUAGAACCUACCUCCUACCCCGUGUCUACCUCCUCCCAAAGUACCUAUCCCUUCCUCAGAACCUACCUCCUUCCCCCGUAUCUACCUCCUCCCAAAGAACCUAUCCCUUCCUCAGAAACCUACCUCCUACCCCUUGUCUUCCUCCCUCCAAAGUACCUAUCCCUUCCUCAGAACCUACCUCCUCCAAAGUGUCUACCUUCUCCCAAAGAAGCUAUCCCUUCCUUAGAACCUACCUCCUACCCCAACCUACCUCCUACCCCGUGUCUACCUCCUCCCAAAGAACCUACCCCUUCCACAGAACCUACCUCCUACCCCUUGUCUUCCUCCCUCCAAAGUACCUAUCCCUUCCUCAGAACCUACCUCCUCCCAAGUGUCUACCUCCUCCAAAGUGUCUACCUUCUCCCAAAGAAGCUAUCCCUUCCUUUGAACCUACCUCCUACCCCGUGUCUACCUCCUCCCAAAGAACCUAACCCUUCCACAGAACCUUCCUCCUACCCCUUGUCUUCCUCCCUCCAAAGAACCUAUCCCUUCCUCCAACCUACCUCCUAUACAGUGUCUACUUCCUCCCAAAAAAAGGAUCCCUUCCUCAGAACCUACCUCCUACACGAUGUCUACCUCCUCCCAAAGUACCUAUCCCUUUCUCAAAACCUACCUACUAACCCCGUGUUUACCUCCUCCCAAAGUACCUAUUCCUUCCUUAGAACCUACCUCCUAUCCUGUGUCGACCUCCUCCCAAAGAACCUAUUCUGCCUCAAAAUCUACCUCCUACCCCAUGUUCUCUUCCUCCCGAAGAACCUAUCCCUUCAUCAGAACCUACCUUCUACCCCUUGUCUAGCUCCUCCCAAAACACCUAUCCCUUCCUCAGAAACCUACCUCCUACCCCGUGUCUACCUCCUCCCAAAGAACCUAACCCUUCCUCCAACCUACCUCCUACACCGUGUCUACCUCCUCCCAAAGGACCUUACCUUUCAUCAGAACCUACCUCCUACCCAUGUCUAUCACCUCCUUAAGAACCUAUUCCUUCCUCAGAACCUACCUCCUACCAAUGUCUAUCACCUCCUUAAGAACCUAUUCAGUACCAAUCCCUUCCUCAGAACCUACCUCGUACCCUGUGUCUACCUCCUCCCGAAGUACCUAUUCCUUCCUAAGAACCUACCUCCUACCCAUGUCUAUCCCCUCCUUAAGAACCUAUUCAGUACCAAUCCCUUCCUCAGAACCUACCUCGUACCCUGUGUCUACCUCCUCCCGAAGUACCUAUUCCUUCCUAAGAACCUACCUCCUACCCAUGUCUAUCACCUCCUUAAGAACCUAUUCCUUCCUCAGAACCUACCUCUGUCUCCCACCUCCCAAAGUACCUAUCCCUUCCUUAGAACCUACCUCCUACCCCGUGUCUACCUCCUCCCAAAGUACCUAUCCCUUCCUCAGAACCUACCUCCUCCCAAGUGUCUACCUCCUCCAAAGUGUCUACCUCCUCCCAAAGAAGCUAUCCCUUCCUCAGAACCUACCUCCUACCCUGUGUCUACCUCUUCCCAAAGGACCUUACCCUUCAUCAGAACCUACCUCCUACCCAUGUCUAUCAUCUCCUUAAGAACCUAUUCCUUCCUCAUAACCUACCUCCUACCCUGUGUCUACCUCCUUCCAAAGUACCUAUUCCUUCCUAAGAACCUACCUCUUACCCAGUGUCUACCACCUCCCAAAGUACCUAUCCCUUCCUUAGAACCUAGCUCCUUCCCUGUGUCUACCUCCUCCCAAAGGACCUUACCCUUCAUCAGAACCUACCUCCUACCCGUGUCUACCUCCUCCCAAAGAACCUAUCCCUUUCUCAGAAACCCACCUCCUACCCCUUGUCUACCUCAUCCCAAAGAACCUAACCCUUCCACAGAACCUACCUCCUACCCCUUGUCUUCCUCCCUCCAAAGUACCUAUCCCUUCCUCAGAACCUACCUCCUCCCAAGUGUCUACCUCCUCCAAAGUGUCUACCUCCUCCCAAAGAAGCUAUCCCUUCCUUAG